CCACAAUCCAUCGUGUUUUCAGGCUAUCCGCGCAUCUAACAUAAUAUUAAUGCAGGCUACCCCAGCGCCAUCGCCACCUCGGAAUGAGAAUGGCCAGGCAGCAACGAGCUACCCAGCUCCACCCCGAAAUGUCGAUAGCGCUCCCUUUUCAAUACUGUCGCGUCUGUUCGACAAGCUCUCGGCUGAGCGAAGACCUGAAAGAAGGAGGAAGUUUCUUGACGUCUGGUUCAACCACUGGAAAGAAGACAUAGGGUAUGACUUGUAUCCCGUUCUGCGCCUCAUUCUGCCACAGAGGGAUAGGGAGCGUGCAGUGUACGGUUUAAAAGAAAAGAACCUCGCGAAGACGUACAUAAAACUGAUACCUUUAAACAUGAAGGACCCCGACGCCAUCCGCCUCCUCAACUGGAAGAAGCCUACCGAUAGAGAUAGGAGCUCCGGAGAUUUUCCAACAGUACUCUACGAAGUGGUGAACAAGCGAUCUUCUGUUACUGAGGGCUCGCUGACAGUCGAGGAUCUGAACAACAUUCUGGACGAACUCUCAAAGAACAUGGGCAAGCAGGAGGUACAGUCAAAGAUCCUGCAGCGAAUUUACAACCGCGCCACACCUGAAGAGCAGCGGUGGAUAGUCCGUAUUAUCCUCAAGGACAUGGUCAUCUCUGUGAAGGAGACAACGGUGUUUUCUGUUUUCCAUUCAGAUGCCCAAGAUCUCUUCAAUACUUGUUCUGACCUCAAGAAGGUUGCUUGGGAGCUGUGGGAUUCAUCUCGACGUCUCAACCCUGAGGACAAGUCUGUUCAGCUGUUCCGCGCAUUUGCUCCAAUGCUAUGCAAAAGACCCACCGACAGAAUCGACGAAACCGUGAAGGAAAUGCAAGGACGUAAGUUUAUCAUAGAGGAAAAGCUAGACGGCGAGCGUAUGCAACUUCAUAAACGGGGGAAUGAAUACUUCUACUGCUCCAGAAAAGGGAAAGAUUAUACCUAUUUGUAUGGGCAACAUGUUGGCAAUGGCAGCUUGACCCCGUACAUACAUUCUGCUUUUGAUGAGCGGGUUGACGAUAUCAUCCUCGACGGCGAGAUGCUAGUGUGGGAUCCUGUUUCGGAGCGUAACUUGCCGUUUGGUACUCUCAAAACUGCCGCUCUUGACAAAACAAACAAGGAGCAUAACCCUCGUCCCUGCUUCAAGAUUUUUGACCUUCUUUAUCUCAACGGGAUGUCUCUUCACAAAAAAUCACUCAAGUUUAGGAAACGUAACCUCCGAGCUUGCCUCACAGAGGUUCCUGGGCGACUCGAGUUCACAGUAGAGUAUGAGGGGAAGACCGCCAAAGAUAUCCGGCAAAAGAUGGAAGAAGUCAUGUCUGCGAGGGGCGAGGGCCUGGUAAUUAAGCAUCCAGACUCUGAAUAUACUCUCAAUGGCAGAAACAGAGAUUGGAUAAAGGUCAAGCCAGAGUAUAUGGACAACUUGGGAGAGACUGUGGACGUUCUAGUAGUCGCUGCAAAUUAUGGGACCGGAAAGCGGUCCGGAGGUGUCUCUACCCUCAUCUGUGCUGUUCUAAACGACCGCCAACCAGACGAUGACGAUGAGCCAAAGUAUAGCUCCUUUGUUCGGGUAGGAACUGGCCUGUCAUUCACUGAUUACAUUUGGGUGCGGCAAAAGAAGUGGAAGCCUUGGACGGCAGAAGAUCCACCCACAUUCUAUCAGACUUCUAAACGGGGGCAAGAGGACAAGGGCGACAUGUACAUCGAACCACAUGACUCAUUCAUAGUCAAGAUUAAGGCAGCUGAGAUCACGGCAUCCGAUCAAUAUCAUAUGGGUAUGACCAUGCGCUUUCCCCGUAUACUAUCUAUACGGGACGAUCUUGGGAUUGAAGAUUGCAUGACGGCUUCGGAGGUUCUUGAGAGUAUGCAGGUGGAAAGAAAGCGCAAGAUGGAGGGGAAUACGGGGGUGUCAAACAAGAAGAGAAAGACAAUGACAGCUAAGAAAGCUUCCAUAUUACCCGAGUACCAUGGGCCGGAUCUUAAGUCUGUCGAAUUGGAGUCUGACGUAUUCGAAGAUAUGAGAUUCAUGGUCUCCUCUGAUCCAAAGUCUAGGACUGGUAGUGAAGAUAGGGAAGAGUUGAUGAAAAUCAUACAUGCCAAUGGUGGACAGUGCGUUCAAGUUGUGGGUUCUCAGCCGACCAUCGUCGUUUACGGAGGAACGACGACACCAUACGACCUCAAACUCCUCAUUAACAAAGGCACAGUUGAUAUCGUCAAGCCGGAAUGGAUCCAUGACUCUGUCUCCCGCGGACAGUUGGCCCCCAUGGCCAAAAGAUAUCUCUUCCAUGCCACCCACGAGCGACAACUCGACCCAGACUUUGACCAGGACGAGGAUGUUAUGGAAGAAGACAAACCAAAUGCCGAUGAUAUUUUACAGUCCCAUGCCACUCCGGCCAGCGCGAAGAAAGAGGAAAGCCAAGUGAAGGACGAAGUUAACAAAGAUAAUGAUUCAGGAGAUUGGCUCAAAGUUAACGCUGACGCCGAAGACGAGGAAGGCUCGGUCACCGAGAGUGAGACAGACGAUGAUUCUGUGAACGACGACGUCAUCUCCGAGGGAGAGGAUAUCGACUCGACAGAGGCUGCUCCUGCCGGAAGGACUCUGGAUGAUACAUCCCGGGAACACGUAGUCAUGGGCGAAAAUGACGACGCCAUGCAAUACGACGAUACGCAUAUUUUUAAGCACCUGUGUUUCUAUUUGGAUUCACCAGCAAUUGCUCGGAAGAAAGGGAUGACGGUCAAGACCAAGCACGAGGAAGAAGUAGCACGCAGCUUCACCAUCCUAGCAUCCCAAAUCGAGGAUAACGGCGGAGGGAUUGUCGAGUUGGAUGACCCUAAGUUGACGCAUGUAGUCUUGGACAAGAGAGACACAUCCCGGCGAUUGACUCUCAACGAACGUACAUCAAAACCAAAGCGAAGGCGCUUGGUUUUGGCCGAUUACAUAUCCGCUUGCCUUGCGGAGGAGACGCUGCUGGAUGAGGAGGAGUUCGCACCCUAGUGUAUACAUCGCCAACUGUAAUAUUACAUUCUUCAUUAUGCCUCUAUGCAGUGGUACGAAUACAAUGCCAAACUUUAUACAGAUCGUCAUCAAAUGCAAAAUCAUGCUACGCAGGGAGGUUGCCUCACAAGUUAAAUAAGGCACAACGGAGAAAAAAGAAGAAAACAAUAAUCAACAAUAAAGCAAGAAACACAAGCGCAGGUAACACCAGCCCUCUCAUAGCCAUCGUGCCAAUUUGCCUGGACUAGGCAAACUUGGACUCUCAUAGAGCAAACUUCGCCGAGAACCAAAAAGUCCCUCUGGACUCUCUUGGUUGCUUCUAGAUCCAAAGUGCGCAAACUCUUCGUCGAGCAGGGUGCCUGCGUCGUGGGGAUCAAAUAUCGAGCGUGCACCUGGUGUGCGGAAAGGCGACUCUGCAGACGCUGACGGGUAAACAAGGCGCUUUGGUGUACUAGGGAAAAUUGACGGUAACUCCUUAGUCUUGUCGCGGUCUUUGUGGUGCCCAGUGUGUCGCUUGCGAGGAGGUGUGCGCAUGUUCUCAUAGCCGAGAACGGCGGGAUUAAUUCCGUCAUCGGGUUUGUAGCCUGCAGACGGAGGAGGGUCGAGGUGCGACUUAUAGUAAGCAAGACUAGCGGAGGGACUCAUAUGUAGACCCUUGUGCGAGAGCGGUGUGCGCGUCGGCGAGAGCUGCAGUAUGUUGGAGUUCUUCGCAUUGCGCGGCGGAGUGGAAGGUCGCUCUGGCGUCGAUGGCCACAUGAGCAUAGGUGGGCUUGCUUCCUUAGAGAAAAUCCUCUUGGCUUUGGAGCGACGUUCGAGGGAAGGCGAAAUAGGUUCAAAUGGAAGAAGAAUAGGUUUCUUAGAAGGGGUCUUAUGGUGCUGAAGUUUGGCGCGAAACGGUUGUUCGGUGACUUCGUGUUCAGCGACAGCUGUGCGAGAUUCAAGCACAGGGGUGAUAACUACAUGAGGAUAACUUUCAGAUGUGUCAGUCUGAGUCAGUGCUUCAGAAGGCAUCUGUGGACUAGAGCUCCGAGUGGGCGAAAGUUCAGGUGGACGGGAAGAAGACGGUAUGGCCGGAGAAGUCGGAAGGGCCUCUGAAUCAUGAGCAGUUGCAGCUGCGGUCGAAUCAGAAGGAAUAGCAGAAGAAGAGGCACGCGAAGCAGCUAGUUGUGCCUGGUGGUACCCAGAGGUAGCUGGCAGUGGCGGGAAUAUGACCUCUGCAGGAAGUUGCGUAUGAUGCGCAUAAUAUGGCUGGUGGUUUGCGCCAUGCCUUGGCGGGAAGAGUGGGAGUAGGUGAGAAGUCGGAACGAGAGGGGGCAGCAUUGAAGCUUGGAAUUGUGCAGGUAUGCUUGUGGAGGCAGAUGCUGCACUCUUCUUUGCUUUCUUGGAUUUCCUUCCCCCGCCAGAAUCCUCGGCAGGACGUUUCUUCGGUGCGAUUUUCUUAUCUGAUGACUUCAUCUCUGAGCAAAACUCUUUUUUGAAGCCGCCAUUUUCGAAGCAUUUGAGGUCACAGUCCCAUAUCGCCCAAAGCGUGCGACCAACGGAACGGUCACGUGGCACUUUGCGGAAACACACGGUGGUGCUGAGGACGUGUCUGAUCGAGUUCAUCCACGUAGUGUCUUGUCGUUUGAAGUAGGGAUAAACGAUUGUAAUCCAAUCGUAUAUCUCUUGUAGUGUUAAGCGAUGCUCUGGAGAAGACAGAAUGGCUUGCCCAAUGAGAGCAGCAUAUGAUAAAUCAGGUUUUGCGGUUGCAUACGGGCCAGGAGGUAGCUUGUAAGGAAGUUUGUCAUAAUCAUCUUCGUCAGGGAGAGGUCCCAUAGGCCCCGGGGAUGAUACAAGAUUGACAAUCGGUUUUGAGGGUGUCGCAAAAGGUGAAGACUGAGGGGGGGAAGAAGCAGGAAGAGGGGAUCGAUAAUAAUUCUUGCGGGGGGUCACAGGGUCGGGCGAUUCUGAGUUCUGUGCAACAAAGACAUCCUGCGGUGCUGCCAUGGGCGUAGAUCGAGUCCUAGGACGCGUAGGAGUAUGCAACUCUGGUCGGGGAGAAUAUGUCGUCUGUCGGCGUGCAGAUGAUGGAUCGUAAUUAUCGUAAUCUCGAUAGUAUUUGCGACGUUGAGGCGUCGUAGGGAUAUCUGGCAUGGCUUCCUGAGGAGUCGCACUGCGCGAAGUAUCUUCUUGUUCAGAAGACGAAACGCGUUGCAAAUCGCGUGAUUGCAUGAAGGAAUCGAGGCUGAAGCUUGGGCCUGAUGGCGAGGGAGAUGGAGCACUGCGGUCCUUCUCUUUGCGCGUGCGCUUGUCACGUUUUGCCUGACGACUUUUGCGCUCAAGGAUCAUCUCCAUGCUGUCCAUGUGCCGAAGCGGCAUUACGGUAUCGGAGGGUUCGGAUUUAAUGGGCGUAGCAGGAGGCUGGGGAGACGCAGAGUGGUGAUGGGACGCGCUGGGACGUGUUUUCGAGUUGGAAACGGAGCGAUUCCGCUUGACACCCAACGCAGACGCGAUGGGGUGGUGGGUGUCCGAGGAUUCAGCAGAGAAGGCUCGGAGAGACUUCGCGUCUUCGGUGGUCAGAAACUGACGCAUCUGAUCGCUGUGCCUCAUGAGGUCUUCACGCGUCAAACCUAUCGACUGAAGCACUUGUGAGAUGGGGGAUAUCGGUUUCGUGGGCUGGUCACCCAUCAUGAGGUAUGUACAGCGGUAGGGAGGGGGCU